AGCUCCCUUUAGAACUGUCUUAGUUGCUGUAUUUUGUGCCAGUAAAAAUCCAAAACUAGUGAUUCUCCUCUUUUUUCUGCAUUACUGCUUCUGCAUUACUGUCUCCUUUAUUUAUUCCCUUUGCACUGCUUAGCUAUCACUUUUCUAACUUCCUUUAACAGACACAGAGUGUGGUAUCUAUGAUCUGACAUUGUCACCAUUUUGCCUGUGAUGCCUCACAGGGUCAAAUCAAAAAAAAAAAAAGUGAGAACCUUGCUUUGCACUGAUCAGACACUUGAAUGGACUUUGAGCUCUUGGUGAACCAAAUCAUUAAUAAAUAACAUGAAUCUGAUACUGCCAUUGAAAGACUGGGAUUUCUACAAAUAUUUGUACUGCUGCUCAAUUAAUCUUUUUGUAUUGAGCACAAAUUUAAAUAUCUUUUUGUACUAUUUUGUAUUAUAUAUUUUUCAAUGCAAUCGCUAGUUUAUGCCCACUCAAACGCAUGUGAAAUUAAUGAUAAUGUUCAAGCUGCACAGACAGUAUAUUGUAAAGGGGAAAGGUGCCUUAAAUAAAUAUGUAUAUAAUGUCAUAAUGGGCAUAAUUAGCUUUAUAGUCCAACCCCAUAGAGAUUUGUCAGAGGUCAAGAUGUACAUGAUAUAUGUAAUGUUUGUAAUUAUUUUUAAUUUUUAAAAAUGUAUCAUGCAAAAGCUGCAUUCUGUGAGAUGUUCUGCAGUUUUUACUGUUCAUGCCUGAACAGUUACAGUGAUCAGAAUAGAAAAACCAGUUGCAGUUAAAAAAAUCAAAUAGUGUAUUUUGUGAUGUUUUGUUGUUAGAAAAGAUUAUGUGGCUAUUGUGGGUUUUCACAGUGGGCUUGAACACAUUUAAAAUAAGCUUGUGCUGGGAAACGCUACUUUUAUUUGUUAUGUAUAAUGACGUUAAUACAUUAAAAUCUAAAAAUCCAAAUAAAUGUUCUCUUGUCUUGUCUGGUCAGGGUGGCAGGAGAUCAUGGACCACAGUAUUACUGAAAUGUGGCUAUACAGCUCAGCUCCUAAGUUUGAACUUCCAGUAUACAAGUUACUUUUUGUCAUCUUGCAAUUUAUCACUUUUGGUUUUAUUGUCUUUUACUCUAUUUGGUGUUCCUCUUCUCUCUCCCUGUUCAGUAAAUGUGUUUUGUUUUUACUGGGCAGUUUCUCACUUGCUUUGGUACCUCUUGGAUUAGGCCAAAUCUUUGCAAAGCAAUAAGUGCAUUAUUCAAUCAACGAAUCAGUACAAAGACCACCAUUUACUGGUUUAUACUCACCAGCCACUUUAUUAUUAGGUACAUCACUUAAAAAUGCUUGUGAUCAGCCAAUCACACUGCAACUACUCACUGCAUUAGGACAUGAAGACAUGGCCAGGACAAGCAGCUCAAGAUCAAACCUUAAACAGAUGGGCCACACUGGGUAUGUGUCCUGUGUCAUGUGUAGAGAUAGGCCGAUAAAUUGGUCAGGGCAAUUCAUGUUUGACUAAUCUGCUAAUUUUACACCCUUUUGAGCUCAGAAAUUUGAAAAAAGUAAGUCACCAAAACAAAUGUUUACAUCCCUAAAUCUAUGUAAAUGCAGACAGAAUCCACCAUGUGUCAUAUAUGGUUGUUAUUAAGCUCUGACUUUUGGAUUGAGCACAGUCAGCCAUUGUGUCCCGAUUUCUAAAGAUCAGCAUUUGCAACAGAAGAACACACACUGGUCAAUAUCUCUGGUCCAGUGUGCCUAAUAAAGUGGCUUUAACACUUCAUGCUGAUCUUGUCCAAAAUACUUUGACAUUGCUGACAUUGGGAAACCGGAAGAGGAAAACACAUGGAUUAGUGUAUUUACAAUCGGACUUGAUGCACCCGGUAUCUUUCUGCCAUCCUGAGCAGACCAAAUGCACUCUGGUGCUUUCCCGGACAUAUAACGUUUGCUCAGCGACUGAACUCAUUUAAAUCCCUUGUCGUGGAGCGGGGGGUUGUUGUUAAAUCAUUACGGACGUCUGUUGCUGCGCGAUAUCUGCCGCGGCGUCGCCGUUACCCACCAUUUGUGGAAGUGGGACAAGGGAACAGAUGGCGCAUCCAAGCCGCGUCGCUGAUGCUGACCGUUACUGGAGACGAGUACAUGAUAUAAUAUAAUGCACAGGCUGUGCUCGGCUGCUAACCGUAUCUGUUUCUGAUGCUUUGGUGACCGUGGUGAGGCGUGGUUAACAGGAAACAUCGCGGAUUUAUCACACUGACGCGCGGACACUCGACCACUGGCGUUAACUUUAAUCUCCUUUGACGUGUCUGACUUAGUGAACAAUGGUUGACAAUCGCUACGCCACAGCUCUGGUCAUUGCCUGUGUCCUGAGCAUACUGGCCACUGUGUAUCUGUCCGUGGCGAUUGGGACGCAGCACUGGUACCAGUACAGUAGCCCCGCCGUGCGCGGAGAGGCCAACGUCUCCGAGCUGCGCUCCCUCUAUGAGGAGUUCAUGGACGGGGAAUUUGAUGAAAAAACUUACAGCGACACCUUGUUCCGCCUUAACGGGACUGUGGGCCUCUGGUGGAGAUGUGUGUUCGUUUCCGCCAACGCUGUGUGGUACAAGGAGCCAGAUGCCAAAAUGGUGCUUGAUUGUCGAAGCUUCACCCUACCUCAGCAGUUCACACCCAAGUACAGAGAGCCAGGAAACCACAACAGUGGCGAGAACAUGCUGCGCACCUACCUGUGGAGGUGCCAGUUCCUCCUGCCACUGGUUUCCCUGGGCCUGGUGUUGUUGGCAGGCCUGACUGGGUUCUGUGCCUGCCUCUGCCGAAGCCUCACCCCAACCCUUGGCAUAGGAGUGCUUCACUUGCUGGCUGGUCUGUGCACCCUAGCCACAGUGUGCUGCUACCUGGCAGGGAUGGACCUACUCCACAAGGUGUCCAUGCUCCCUGAUAAGGUUGAUGGCUCUCUGGGCUGGUCCCUCUACUUGGCCCUGAUUUCCUCACCACUCCACAUGAUGGCUGCAGCACUGCUUGUGUGGGUGGCUCGCAGCCACAAUCAGAAUUACUACCAAAUGACUGCAUACCGGGUGGCAUAGACGGAUCUCAUUUACACACCACCAAGAUGCAUUUUAUAAUGAUCUCAGAGGAACAGGAUGUGGGUUGGAUAGAUAUAAGUGCAUAUGCACUAUGGUAAUGACCCUGUCUGCUGCAUUCAAACAUUUGAUUUAACGGUCCAAUGUGUAAGAACUUAUAGCUUCCACUUCAAAACGCACACGUCCAUUUGGAGAAAUAUCGCUACACAAAACGGCACCUUCCGUCAAGCAAGGCAUGUGCCUGAAGUACACAUAAAAGGCUAU